CAUCACCAACUCCGAGCUGGCUUGGUCUGUUAUUCAUGAAGUGAGAAAGAUCUCAGCCAUCCUCGUUUGACGACGCAAGGUCUCGCUCUGUCAGACCACUUGUUGUUACCAAAGAAAGACCUCCAUCCUUGUCAUUCUUUUCGACAGGAACUCGCGCUACGUGUGUUGGCUCAGCAGCGUUCUAUCGUUCGGUCAUCCGUCCGGCAAGACAAGGAAUAACCGAACUGUUCUCUUCUGAACAGAAGAAUAUCCGCCUUGGUGCCUCGCGCGCCUUAACCUCACAAGAACUGAAGACACCACUCAUUUCCUUCUUGUCAGAACAACGAUCUCCCAUCCCGCUGCGUCAAUCACGCACCUCGUCUUCUCGACUCGUGCACUUCACGGAUCGAUUUGUUCUCACCAUCCCUCCUCUCUUCGUGUCGAUUUAGUGAGCGACACAAAACAACAUCGAGAAUGAGCCGUAUGCAACUUCGUGAUGCUUCGAUGAGGCGCCGGCCUGGCCGCUACCGGGAAGACGACGGGCCGAUCACGGCCGACCGCCCCCUUUUUGUCCACCCAGACGUACCCUUCGACGACUCCCUGCCGCAGCACUGCGCCCAUCCUUCACUGCCCCUCGACCACCCCGGACCUGGACCGUCGGAGGUUGAGCGGGCUCGCCGCGAGGCUUUUGAGGCUAACGCGGCCCGUCGCGCGGCUUUACGGGCGGCUGAAAGGUCGGCAGCCCAGGCUCAGCACCAGAAUGGCCAUGGCCACA